AUGGAUAACGCUUCCCAUUCGGUAUGUGACCUUCCACUGAGUUCACAAAUUACGUUUACUGUAUGGGAUAUCGGGGCUCCACGCAUAGCAGUUCCCGUCGGUGGCUCAACGUUUAGGAUGUUUGGAAAAAAAUGUCACCGCGUCAGGACUCUGCGCCCGGGAAAACAUCGCUUGUUGCUCUGGGCGGUCAAGAAGCAGAUGGCUCCAUACAGACCAAGACACAAAGUAAACUUGGCAGCAGGGAUGAAAUGGUUUAGAGAAGCUCGUGAAGAAAUAAAGUCAGAUUGGCUACACAAUAUGGUUUUCGGAAAGAUGGAGGAGACAUAUGAUAGAAGUCAGAGAAUCUAUGUUGACCUUCCACGUUUCGACUUCCCCGUGGUAUUUAGAGAAUCUGCGACGAUACCAUUCGCACCUGUACUUCCCAGUUGUUUUGCUACAGAUCCAUAUCUCUGGGGCAUUCUCGACCCCGAGAGUGCACACGAAAACCCUGUAGAGGACAAGCAUUGCCAGCUAGUGCAGAGUCAUCGAAGUAGUCCAGAUGAACUUAAUCAAAUACUCGAUUACGCACCUUCCAGCCUCUCAUUCCGAGGAGAAAGGCUUCAUCUAGAAGUUCCGCUUUUACCUAGCACGGGACAAGCGUGGGCUUACCAAGUUCCUCAAACAGAGGUCGACACAGAUGAUACUUUGGAGCUCCUCGGACCAGGGACCGUGGACUUGAGAGUAAAAGCAUUUGUAAUACGGCAGUUUAACCACGCAGAUGACGAAGUCAAACGUCGUACUCGGUCCUUACCUGCUAGGCAUAGGCGACUGGCAUUUGGACAAUCUUCUACUAGCAUCGGAUGGUAA